AGCUCAAUGGAGGGCUUCAACCAUUCCAGAGUGGCUGAAUUUGUCUUACUUGGACUUACUGAUUCCCCUGAGCUCCAGAUUUUCCUCGUUGUGGUGUUUUCCAUUUUCUACCUAAUAACCAUGUUGGGCAACUGUCUGAUUUUACUCACGGUUAUUUCCACUGCACACCUCCACUCCCCCAUGUACUUCCUACUGAGCAACUUGUCUCUCAUUGACAUGUGCCUGUCCUCCUUUGCCACGCCCAAGAUGAUCAUGGACUUCUUUGCUCAGCGCAAGACCAUCUCGUUUGAAGGCUGCAUCUCACAGAUCUUCUUCUUGCACCUCUUCACUGGAACUGAGAUCGUGCUACUUAUCUGCAUGUCAUUUGACAGGUAUAUUGCCAUAUGCAAGCCUCUCCAUUAUUCAACAAUUAUGAGCGAACAAGUGUGUGUUGGGCUCGUAGUGACUUCUUGGACAGUGGGCUUGUUGCACACCAUAAGCCAGUUAGCUUUUAUCCUCUACUUGCCCUUCUGUGGUCCCAAUGUUGUAGACAGCUUUUUCUGUGACCUCCCUUUGGUAAUCCACCUGGCUUGUAUAGAUAUUUAUGUUCUUGGCAUCUUCAUGAUUUCCACCAGUGGUGUGAUUGCUCUUCUGAGUUUCCUGCUUUUGCUCACUUCCUACAUCACUGUCCUCGUCACCAUCAAAACCCACUCCUCCACAGCAUCGUCUAAGGCUCUUUCCACCUGCACAGCGCACUUCAUAGUCGUCUUCAUGUUCUUUGGGCCCUGCAUUUUCAUCUAUGUGUGGCCCUUCACCAACUUCCUGGUGGACAAAGUCCUUUCUGUUUUCUAUACCAUUUUUACCCCCUUUCUGAAUCCACUCGUCUAUACUUUGAGAAACCAGGAAGUGAAGGCAGCAAUGAAGAAGAAGCUAAGUUAUCAAAAGUUUAAUAUUGGGAAAACUACACCACGUUACCCUGUGCAAUAA